AUGCAGGUGGAGUCCAGUUGGGUCUUCCUCUUCUCCUUCUUGGCUGUUCCUUCGCUGCUGCAGCUCUGUGUUUUACCUUUUCUCCCUGAGAGUCCGCGGUUCCUGCUGAUGGAGCGGAGAGACGAGAAGGCGGCUGAGAAAGCCUUCCAGCGCCUCCUGGGUAGGUCUGACGUCUCCGUGGAGUUGGAGGAGGUGCAUGCAGAGGCGAGGGCUCAGACCACGACCCACACGGUCAGCGUCCUGCAGCUGCUCAGAACUCGCUCUGUCAGAUGGCAACUCAUCACCAUCAUUGUCACCAUGGCCUGCUACCAGCUCUGUGGGCUGAACGCGAUCUGGUACUACACCAAUGGGAUCCUUGAGGAGGCGGGGUUUGCGCAGUCUAUUCUGCCAUACAUAACUCUGAGCACCGGAGCUGUUGAAACGCUGGCAGCAGUUGUAUCUGGGCUGGUGAUUGAGAGGAUAGGCAGGAAGCCUCUCUUGAUCUUCGGUUUCUCUGCGAUGGCCGUGUUCUUCAGCCUCCUCACAGUCUUCCUCAGCUUCCAGGACUCUGUGACCUGGAUGCCGUACCUCAGCUACAUCUGCAUCCUGGCUGUGAUCGCCUCCUUUUGCUCAGGCCCAGGUGGGGUCCCCUUCAUUCUUACCGGAGAGCUGUUUGAACAGUCGCUGCGUCCCGCCGCCUUCAUGAUUGCUGGCAUCGUCAACUGGCUCGCCAACUUUGCCGUGGGACUGCUGUUUCCCUUCAUCCAGGAGGCGCUGCAGUCCCUGGCCUUCCUGGUCUUUGUGGUGGUGUGCGUUUUGGGAGCGGUGUUUCUCUCCUGUGUCCUCCCCGAAACCAAGAACCAGACAUUCUUGGACAUCAGCCGCAGUUUCGCCAAAAUUAACGGUCUCCCGGCACCGGCGCAGGAGCUGGAGCUGGAGCUGGUGCUGACAGUCGGCCCGGGCGCCAGGGAAUCAGUGACGCCCGGGAAGGACCCAUUGACUGACCCACAAGACCCACAGGACCCACAGGACCAAAACGGAAUCAAGAUGGAGAGUGCGCUAUGA